UAUGGAAAAUGUAUAAAAUAGACCUAAAAAAGAGAAACCAAACACAGUGUCAGAGAUGAUGACGUGUCUGUAUAAAAUAUGAUCGUAGAAGAUCCCCACGGUAACCCAUGCGCCUUCACGCACCAAAGCAAUACCCAUCAGGUAGAAGUUUCUCGAACACAUAAGAAAUGGUUACAAAUACACAACGAACAAAUCUGCAAGCGCAAAUCAAAUUUCUCUGCGUCCAAAUUCUGCAACGCGAUUUCAGAACCAGGUGUAACGAGAUCAACAUGAGGGGAAGAAGCUACAGCUACAGUUACAGUCCGUCACCUCCAAGGUAUGGUCGAAGAGAACGCAGUCCUAGUCCUAGGGGCCGCCACGGAGGCAGUUACAGAGGCCAUGAUAGAGACUUGCCAACAAGUCUUCUGGUCCGGAAUCUGCACAAAGAUUGCAGGCCAAAAGAUCUGCACGAUCCAUUUGGCCAGUUUGGUCCUGUCAAGGAUGUAUAUCUGCCUCGUGAUUAUUACACUGGGGAGCCAAGGGGUUUCGGGUUUGUUCAAUUUGUGGACCCAGCUGAUGCUGCAGAUGCAAAAUAUCACAUGGAUGGUCAAAUUCUUCUUGGUCGUGAGUUAACUGUGGUGUUUGCUGAAGAAAACAGAAAGAAACCUCAAGAAAUGAGAGCAAGAGAACGGGGAAGAUCAUAUGAUUAUAGGAGAUCCCCACGUCGCUAUUCACCAUGCUAUGCACAAACAUAUUCUCCUAGUCCAGACUAUUCCCCUUCUCCAAGACAAAGGCGAUACCCGAGAUAUUCCAGGUCAAUUUCACCAAGAGACGGAAGGUAUAGGAGGGAAUCAUACUCCAGAUCUCCUUAUGCAUCAAGAAGCCCCAGAAGAAGUAGGAGUUACAGCAGGAGCAUGAGUCGUAGUCCAGGAUACUCUAGGUGAUUUAACUUGACAAGCUUGGUUAAUGUGAGAGAUGAUAUUCUAAUUUUUAUGUCAUUUCUAAAGAUGCUUGUGUUUAGUGCUUCAAUGUUGUUAAUUGAUAUGGUAGUAGUAAGGAAAUGUCGUAGUUUUGGUUAUGCUCUAUACUUGGCCUUUUUUUUUUCAAAUCAAAAUGUCUAUUGGAUCAA